AUGAAGCUUGUGACUGCCCUGCAGGAGCCUGAAGAUGCGAUCACCAAACUGGCUUAUCAUCCAUCUAUUUUCAUGGCAACACGGACUUUGCUCGAACUUGGAGUCUUCAGACAUAUCGUAGAGAAAGAAUGUAUUACAUCGCAAGAGCUGGCGAACCUUACAAAGGCUGAUGAGGUCUUGCUUGGUACAGCGUUGAAGAUUGUCAACGAUGUUGCAGAACUCGACGACUCGACAUACGGACCGAAUCCAUUGACCAAGGCACUUGCUACGAGGCAAACAGCAGGUCUUGUCGAGUUCAUCUACGAUGCCGGAAUGAUAUUCAUAGCCAAACUUCCUGAGUACUUCGAGAGACACGAAUAUAAGAACCCGACUAACCAAAACUGGGGUCCAGCACAGUACGGCCACAACUUCCCCGGACAGAAUCUUUGGCCGUACAUUGCCGCCAAUCCCAAGCUUCUCAACGCUGUGCAUGCAUUCUUUGAAGGUGGCCGUGGGAGUAGGCCACUCUAAGUUAAUAGAUAUCCGGUUGAAUAGAAGCUGCUCGACAAUACUUCCAAGCCGGUGACUGAUGAUGACAUCCUG